UAAUUAUUGAGCUAAUUAAAUUUCAAGCUAAUUAUUGCUAGUUGGCUAUGCAGUAGGUACAUUUUCUUCUUGCUAAACUCAGAUAAACACUUCCAUUCCACCUUGGAGACUUCUCCAUACCCUUUUUGUUUUCCAUUUCAUUGAGUUUUGCUGGUCUGGUCUAAUAAUACCCUUUCAUCACAUUCAUGGGAAACUCUUGUGCAAAACCAGUUGCUCAUGUCUCUUCCUCUAGUUUUGCUGGAAAUAAGAGGCCACAAAGUAGGCCAAAGCAGCAUUCAAAUUCUCUUGAGCAAAAAGCUGCUAUGCAAAUUUCAGAAGCAAAUGUUGAGAAAUCCAUCUCCAAUAAACUUAAGUCAUUCAGCUUCAAUGAUCUGAAGGAGGCCACCAAGAACUUCCGGCAAGAAAACUUAAUCGGAGAGGGAGGGUUUGGGCGUAUCUUCAAGGGAUGGAUUGAUCAGAACACAUAUGCUCCCACAAAACCAGGGAGUGGGAUGGUAGUGGCCAUUAAGAAUCUUAAGCCAGAAAGCUUUCAAGGCCACAAGGAAUGGCUUGCAGAAGUCAAUUAUCUUGGGCAGCUUCACCAUGAAAAUCUGGUGAAACUUAUUGGUUAUUGCUUACAAGGUAAAAACAGGCUUCUAGUAUAUGAAUUCAUGCCAAAAGGAAGCUUGGAGAAUCAUUUGUUCCGAAAAGGUGUUCAACCAAUCCCUUGGACUACACGUGUUAACAUUGCAAUUGGCGUAGCAAGAGGCUUAGCAUACUUACAUUCCCUGAAUGCAAAUGUCAUAUUUCGUGAUUUAAAGGCUUCCAAUAUCCUACUUGAUUCAGAUUUCGGUCCGAGACUUUCAGAUUUUGGCUUGGCAAGGGAUGGUCCUACCGGAGAUAACACUCACGUUUCAACCAGAGUUAUUGGAACUCAAGGUUAUGCUGCACCAGAGUAUGUCGCUACAGGUCAUUUGACACCAAGGAGUGAUGUAUACAGCUUCGGUGUUGUCUUGUUGGAGUUACUAACCGGAAGACGAGCACUAGAAGACGAUAGACCUGGAGUUUCAGAGGAAACAUUAGUGGAUUGGGCAAUGCCUUUUCUGAGUGAUAGCAGAAGGGUUUUGAGAAUCAUGGACACUAGGUUGGGGGGUCAAUACUCAAAGAAAGGAGCACAAGCUGCAGCUUCACUUGCAUUGCAAUGCUUGAAUACAGAUCCAAAAUUUAGACCACCUAUGGUAGAGGUUCUGGCAACAUUGGAAGGACUUCAUUCCUUGAAUUCAAUCCCAAGGACACCAAAAUCUGGAAUUGAAAGUCAUACAAACAGGCAUUUUGGUCAUGCACAAAAGUAGAGUGCAAAAACAAACAAGUAUGAUCUUGUUCUGUUUUCAUUUUUUGGAUUCAUCCUUAAUGUUUUUUUUGUUUCAUUUCUUUGCCUAAGUGAAGAUUUGUCAUGUAUAAGGUUUAGUCACUGUAAAGUAUUUCACUUUGGAAGCAGCUAGGUUCUUGUAAGAUUGUUUGAUUCUUUUGAAUUUUUAAAAUGGGUACUGUUGUUAUACAUACAAAAUUGUGUGUAUUUUUUCUUCUUCAAAAGAUAUUGUAAUAGCAUUACCCAUCACAAUUUUGGAAUUUGGACUCUGUUUCAAACUGAA